AUGUCUCUCAUGCCAACAUUUCUCCAGCAAGGCCCCAUCAUCGGUGGCGGUUUCACUCAAUCGUCAUUUCUUUCUUCUACUAAAGUUUCCGUCAAAUUCACCAUCUCAUGUUGCACCAUCCCAUCUCCGAUGACCCAUGUUAACGGAAAUGUAGAUACGACAUCUACCGAGAGGAGUGAGAUUAGGCUAGGUUUGCCGAGUAAAGGUCGAAUGGCUACUGAUACGCUAGAUCUCCUCAACAAUUGUCAAUUAUCUGUGAGGCAUCCGAACCCUAGACAAUACGUUGCAUACAUACCACAGCUAGAAAAUCUUGAAGUGUGGUUUCAGCGUCCAAAAGACAUUGUACGAAAAAUGGUUUCAGGAGAUCUAGACAUCGGCAUUGUUGGUCUUGACACAGUUAGUGAAUAUGGAGAGGGUAAUGAAGAUCUAAUCAUUGUUCAUGAUGCACUCGCAUAUGGAGAAUGUCGUUUAUCUCUUGCUGUUCCAAAACAUGGGAUCUUCAAGGACAUCAAUUCUAUUGAGGAGCUAGCACAAAUGCCUCAUUGGACUGCUGAGAAGCCUCUACGAGUUGCUACUGGUUUUACUCAUUUAAGUCCAAAAUUUCUGAAAGAAAAUGGUAUUCACCAUGUCUCCUUUUCAACUGCUGAUGGAGCACUGGAGGCAGCUCCUGCUAUGGGAAUUGCGGAUGUUAUUGUGGAUCUUGUUAGUAGUGGAACCACAUUGAAGGAAAACAAUAUGAAGGAAAUCGAAGGUGGGGUAAUAUUAAGAAGUCAGGCGGUCAUGGUUGCUAGCAAGAAGUCGUUGCUCCGGCGUAAGGGUUUGCUAGAUAUAACCCAUGAAAUGCUUGAAAGAUUUGAGGCUCAUAUAAGUGCACUUGAUCAAUAUACAGUAGUGGCUAACAUGAGGGGAUACAACGAAAAGGAAGUAGCUGAGAGACUUCUAACUCUACCAUUAUUAUCUGGCAUUCAGGGUCCAACUGUAAGUCCAGUUUUUGGGUUCACAAAUUAUUAUGCUAUAGUCAUUUGUGUACCCAAAAAAUUGUUGUACAAAUCAGUUCAGCAGCUAAGAGCGAUUGGAGGCAAUGGAGUUUUGGUGUCUCCUUUGACCUACAUCUUCGAUGAAGAAACUCCCAGAUGGCGUGAACUUCUCUUAAAGCUUGAGCUUUAA